GCCAGCCACCCAGCCAGCCCUGAGCGAGUCCGGAAUGAUCCUGCUAUGGCCAAGCUCUGGUUCAGGUUCCAGCGGUGUUUCCGGUAUUUCCGCAGGAAGCCCGUGCGCUUCUUUACCCUGCUGGCUAUCUACCUGACCGCCGGGAGCCUCGUCUUCCUGCACUCGGGUUUCGUGGGCCAGCCCGCGGUACCUCAGAGCCAGGCCAGCCCCGCAGUAGCGGGGAGCCCGGCAGAAGGAGCCGAGCUGCCUUUCCUGGGUGACUUGCACCUGGGCAGAGGUUUCCGGGACACCGUGGAGGCCUCCAGCAUCGCACGCAGGUACGGACCCACGUUCAAAGGCAAGGAUAGCAGCGAGAGAGCCAAGCUGGGCGACUACGGAGGAGCCUGGAGCCGAGCCCUCAAGGGGAGGGCUGUUCGGGAGAAAGAGAAGGAAAAGGAGGAAGAGAGAGCCAAGUACAUCGGCUGCUACCUGGACGACACCCAGAGCCGGGCCCUGCGAGGCGUGUCCUUUUUCGACUACAAAAAGAUGACGGUCUUCCGUUGCCAGGACAACUGUGCUGAACGGGGUUACCUGUAUGCUGGGCUGGAGUUCGGCGCCGAGUGCUACUGCGGCCACAAAAUCCAGGCAGCCAAUGUGAGCGAAUCGGACUGUGACAUGGAGUGCAAAGGAGAGCGGGGCAGUGUGUGUGGCGGCAUCAACCGCCUCUCCGUCUACCGGCUGCAGCUGGCCCAGGAGUCUGCCCGAAGGUAUGGAAGUGCGGUGUUCAGGGGCUGCUUCCGCCGACCCAACAACCUCUCCCUGGCCUUGCCUGUGACAGCUGCCAUGCCAAACAUGUCCGUGGACAAGUGCGUGGACCUCUGCACAGAGAAGGAGUUCCCCCUGGCAGCCCUUGCUGGCACCGCCUGCCACUGCGGCUUUCCCACCACACGGUUCCCUCUUCACGACCGGGAAGAUGAGCAACUGUGCGCCCAGAAGUGCAGCGCGGAGGAGUUCGAGAGCUGUGGCACCCCCAGCUAUUUCAUCGUGUACCAGACACAGGUCCAAGACAACCGCUGUAUGGACAGAAGGUUCCUCCCAGCCAAGUCUAAGAAGCUCAUCGCUCUAGCCAGCUUCCCGGGCGCCGGCAACACAUGGGCUCGUCACCUCAUUGAGCUGGCCACCGGCUUCUACACCGGCAGCUACUACUUUGAUGGCUCUCUGUACAACAAAGGAUUCAAAGGUGAGCGAGACCACUGGCGAAGUGGGCGGACCAUCUGCAUCAAGACCCACGAGAGCGGCCAGAAGGAGAUCGAGGCCUUCGACUCAGCCAUUCUGCUCAUCCGCAACCCCUACAAAGCCCUCAUGGCCGAGUUCAACCGCAAAUAUGGAGGCCACAUAGGCUUUGCUGCCCACGCCCACUGGAAAGGCAAAGAGUGGCCUGAGUUCGUGAGAAACUAUGCCCCGUGGUGGGCCACGCACACGCUGGACUGGCUCAAGUUUGGCAAGACCGUACUGGUGGUUCACUUCGAAGAUCUGAAGCAGGACUUGUUUACGCAGCUGGGCCGCAUGGUCAGCCUGCUGGGCGUGGCGGUUAGGGAGGAUCGUCUGCUGUGUGUGGAGAGCCAGAAGGAUGGCAACUUCAAGCGCUCCGGGCUGCGCAAGCUGGAGUAUGACCCUUACACGGCCGAGAUGCGAAGGACCAUUGCCGCCUACAUCAGGAUGGUGGACACAGCACUGCGCAGCCGCAACCUCACUGGGGUGCCUGACGCCUAUGGCCCAAGAUGAUGGGCAGCCAGGGAGGGACCCAGCACCCCGUGUCCCUUGGCUUCAAAGAGCUGGCUUCCUUCUGGCACAAAGACAGCCCCAGGCUUCUGCCUCCCUUUAGGAAAGGCCCCUCCCAGGCCUCGGGAGAUAUCUAGAUACCUUCCCCUGGAUAGUAGGCUGCCUGGUUUGGGGUGUCCCUGUCCCUCCUUGGUGGGAGAAGGAAGAGGAUAAUCUGGUAGGGGUUGGGAGGUUCUGGAUGUGGCAACUGGUGGACCUUUGUAAGCAAUGAACCCUGCUCUGAUUGGGUGGGCCACUGCCUCUUCCCCUGAGCAAGCACCAGCUUCCUGAUCUCUCUCAGGCCACCUCUGUCUGACAGCCAGCCAGCUGGGACCUGUCUCCGUGGCCUUGGGUGUCUGACUUCUGAGGUAUACGGAGUCUGGUGCUCUGACAUUACAGUGGGAGUCCCACCAGGCUAAAGCACAUAUGAGGCCCAAGCUGGGUGUUGUCCCACCUCCAGGAACCCUGUCUUGUCUGCUCAUGCUAUCAUGUCUCGGGGGUAGGGGUGACACUGGGGUUCUUGAUCCUUCUUCCAAAGUCCCUUAGGUACCAAAAAAACAAAAACAAACAAACGAACAAAAACCCAACCCAACAGGUUGGCCAAAUGUCACAUACAAAGCCCGGAGGACCCAUCUUUGCAAGGUAGGGCCUGCAAUGGCUAUCUUACACUGCCCCACUGAUUCCUUAACCAGGGAGUCCUAUACUACCAAGGGCAGGGAACAAAAGUGCUCCAACUCAGAGGGAGCUACACCCAAAACUGUCCCCUACCCUCCAAGUCUUCGCCACCCCCCCACCCCCAGCCCCCUUGCUUGUAGCCCAGCAGGGCCAGCCUCCACUGGGGACUCCUCAGAAACGGGGUUGAAAAAUGUCUUUCCAUUCCCAUUAUGCCGCCGUGCUCUCUCGACGCUGAGACACCAAAGGAUUUCUGACUCGAGUCACUGAUCACGUUUUAGGAAGCAUGCAUCCAGGAUCCCGUCUCCCCACCUUGGAUCCCUCGUCUCCCCACCUUGGAUCCCUCUGGCUUCCCCUCCAGCCCUUCACCAUUCCCAUUACAUAAACACAAAAGCCAUAGUCACGGCCCCUCGCUUGCUCUUCUGUCCGGAGCAGCCCCUGCAGCCUUGUGGGGCAAGCGAACACGCGUUCCCACCUAGCCCAGGAACCCUGGAGAAGGUUCGUGAAAAGAGAUAUAUUUUUUUAAGAGGAAUAUGACCAAGACAUUCUGCCCCUUGGACACGGGCCACACACACAAAAAGAAGGACCUACUUUCCUUCCCCAACGCCCUCAAUCUAGAGGGUUUGGACCACCCCAGGGCUCAGCCAAGGGGGCUCUGAAUGUAUUUUGUACGGUGUUUUCCCACCCCAGACUAAUUUCUAGUUUUCUUUCACUGGGUAGUAGAGGGCCUGGCUUCUCCUGCUUGGAGGUCAGCUCUCUCUGAGAGACUCUGGGUCCAGAACCUGGGCCAAUUCUUUGCUAGUGGCCGCCUCUGGUCACAGACUUUCUGUUCAAAGAUUCCUCAGGUCAACACUAUCAUUAAAAGAGAGU